AUGGAUUCCAAAUCCUCCAUCUCACUAUCAUUUCUCCUUUCAAUCAUUUUGGCCCUUGUGGUCAGCAUCAACAGUGGAAGAAUUUCUAUCUAUUGGGGUCAGAAUGGCAACGAAGGCACUUUAGCCGACGCUUGUGCCUCCGGAAACUACAAGUUUGUGAACCUAGCUUUCUUAUGUGUCUUUGGCAAUGGCCAAGCUCCUGUGCUCAACCUUGCCGGCCACUGUGAUCCUUCCAAUGGAGGAUGCACCAGCUUGAGCUCGGAGAUCAAGUCUUGCCAAGCUAGGGGAGUCAAGGUGAUACUCUCAAUCGGGGGAGGCGCGGGAAGUUACUAUCUCGCUUCUGCCGAGGAUGCUAAACAGGUCGCGACUUAUCUGUGGAACAACUUUUUGGGCGGCCACUCCUCGUCUAGGCCACUUGGAGAUGCGGUGCUCGACGGCAUCGAUUUCGACAUUGAAGGAGGCACGAGUCAACACUACGAUGAUUUGGCUAGGUACUUGUCUUCAUAUAGCAAGAAGGGGAAGAAGGUGUACUUGACUGCAGCCCCUCAGUGUCCUUAUCCGGAUGCUUGGGUUGGAGGUGCCCUUCAAACAGGCUUAUUCGACUACGUAUGGGUCCAAUUUUACAACAAUCCGCCAUGCGAAUAUAGUUCUGGGGAUAUGGGUAGUUUGGAAGAUGCAUGGAAGCAGUGGACUUCGAUCCAGGCCGACAAAAUCUUCUUGGGAUUGCCCGCAGCUCCGGAUGCAGAUAACAAUGGAUUUAUUCCCGCAUCAGAUCUUACUUCCAAAGUACUGCCCGCCAUCAAAAGAUCUGCUAAGUAUGGAGGCGUGAUGCUGUGGUCCAAAUAUUAUGAUGAUCAAACUGGAUAUAGCUCUUCCAUCAAGCACUCCGUCUGAAAAGUUAAUUUCACCUUGUGUC